CGUUUCUUAUUUUUACGACAACCGUAGUUCGACCACUAUAGUUUCAGUUUAUAUAUUGUUUUUAAAAAUAAUACAAAUACAUUAAAACUAAGGAUGGCUUCUCCUGGGCCUAAGCAUAAGUCUGAUCUAGAGAAAAUAGAAAUUGCCAAACAAUUUAAAUCCGAAGGCAAUGAAUGUCACAAACAAGAAAACUUUAAACAAGCUAUUGGAAAAUACCACAGAGCUCUGAUGCAGUUGAAAGCUGUUGGUAGUUCCAAAAGUGCUGGAUUAGGAGCGUUCUUGUCUGAUGAAACCAUGCAGGACAUGGGGUAUUCAGAGCCAGUUAGCGAGAGUACCAGGCAUGAAGUGACAAAACUGAUGUGUGAUUGCUACAAUAACCUUUCAGCAUGUCUACUGAAGCAAGAUGCACCAAAUCAUCACAAGAUCUUAGAAUAUUGUGACAAAGUUACAGAUCUUGAUCCCAGUAAUGCAAAGGCACACUACAGAAAAGGGUUGGCAUAUUAUAGUUUGGAAAAAUAUGAAGAAGCAGUGCAAUCAUUCAGUGUGGCAUCAAAGUUGGACAGCUCGUUUCAAGCUUCCAAGUAUAUCCGUCAAUGCAAGGAAGGGAUAAGGAAACAAGACCAACAGCUAAAGGACGCAUACAGAGGCAUCUUCAAUAAAGGCAGCAGAGACUCAGAGGCAGCAGACAAUGGCUGAAGAAAGCACUCUGAUCAACCUGUUUAUUUGAAGAACAACUGUUAUGUACCUGUUUUUAUUAGCUCGGCUGUUUUCCGAGAAAACCAGAGGUAUUGUCAAAGCCAGCUCAUCGUCCGGCGUCAUUCUAAAAUCUUUACAUUGGCUCUAAAAUCAAAGUGCUUCCACCUACAACUUUGAAACUUCAUAUGUAACUGCACCUUGAUGAGUUUUACACGCCACACCCAUUUUUGGUUCACUAGGUCAAUGGUCAAGGUCACUGUGACCUCUAAGAAAAAAAAUAAUGUGGCAAGCUUUCAUUUAUUAUGCUCCCCCAAAAUUUAUUUAGGGGGGAGCAUAUAGUUUCCGCUUCGUCUGUCCGUCCGUGUUUCCCUGUGUCCGUUCGUGCACAAUUUUAGUCCGGGCUAUUUCUCAGAAACUAAUGACCGGAAUUCAAUGAAACUUUAUGGGAAGCUUCACUACCUGGAGGAGAUGUGCAUAUUAUCAGUGGGUUCUGGUCGGAUGAUUUUUCACACAGUUAUGGCCCUUUGAAAUUUUCCAUUAACUGUACAUAUAGUGCAAUUCUUGUCCGGGCUAUUUCUCAGCAACUAAUGACCGGAAUUCAAUGAAACUUUAUGGGAAGCUUCACUACCAAGAGGAGAUGGGCAUAUUAUCAGCGGGUUCUGGUCGGAUGAUUUAUCACAGAGUUAUGGCCCUUCGAAAUUUUCCAUUGUUCAUAUAGUGCAAUUCUUGUCCAGGCUAUUUCUCAGCAACUAAUGACUGGAAUUCAAUGAAACUUUAUGGGAAGCUUCACUACCAAGAGGAUAUGUGCAUAUUAUCAGCCAGUUCUCGUUGGAUGGAUGAUUUUUCACAGAGUUAUGGCCCUUUGAAAUUUGGCAUUGUACAUAUAGUGCAAUUCUUGUCCGAGCUAUUUCUCAGCAACUUAUAACGGGAAUUCAAUGAAACUUUAUGGGAAGCUUCACUACCAAGAGGAGACGUGCAUAUUAUCAGCCGGUUAUGGUCGGAUGAUUUUUCACAGACUUAUGGCUCUUUGAAAUUUUCUAUAAACUGUACAUAUAGAGCAAUUCUUGUCCUGGCUAUUUCUCCCCAACAACUGACUGGAAUUCAAUGAAGCUUUAUGGGAAGCUUAACUACCUUGAGGAGAUGCGCAUGUUAUUUGUUGAUUCUGUUUAGAUGAUUUAUUUAGAGAGUUAUGGCCCUUUGAAAAUUUUAAGUUGCUAAACCAUCCAUCGUAUUAUUUUGUCCAAAGUUAUGCCCCUCAAGACUUUUCCUUUUAUCUGAAUAUAUAGUGCAAUAUUGUGACAAAAAAACACUUUGGGGAGCAUCACCUGUCUCCGACGGUUUCUUGUUCAAAACAGCACCGGCAGCUGAGCGUUGGCACCCGCUAUGCUGUGCUCUUGUUUAAGUCAAAUAAUAUACUGAUAAACAUGUAUUACCGUUUUAAGUGUUCAAAUUAUCUCACAUCAUUCUAAACAAUUAAAUAUUAUCAAAAGCAUCAGGUGAAAAUUGCCUUAAGCCACAUGUGGCCAGCAUAGCUUCAGACCAGCCUGUGCAUCCUUGCAGUCUGGUAAUGAGGUUCACUGUCCACUAUAAAGAAAUUCAAUAUUUCCUGGUCACAUGAGGUCCGAAGGUAGUUUCUGACCAAACUGCGCGGAUGCACAAUCUGGUGUGGAGUUACUCUGGUAUUAUAUGGCAUAAGACCUAUUAUUGCAUAAUAAGGUUUAAGUAUGUUAUAGAGGUCAAAGUUUGUGACACAACAACAUAGAGAUGCAUAAGUUCGAAUUGGCACGACUAAUACUCUGUACAUACAAGUAUCUGCCUGUUAAUGCGCUGUAUAUUGUGCUGUAUGCAGGACUCUGAGCCCAGAUAGUCAAUUGGCAUUUACAUAGGUGAUGCUUUAUCUGUCAUACAGAUAUAGUUCCAAGCAAUAAUAUUAUAACAUAUUUUAGAUAAACUCUCAUGCAUGAAAUGAUGUCAAAUGGAAACGGAACAAAAUUUGAAUGUAUUGUUAAAACAACUUUUUUGUUUCAUGAAUUAAACUAAUAGUUAAAUUUAAACACCAUCUGUUUUCCUAUGUUAUUUUGAAUUUAUAUACUGGUAGGCAUUGGUAGUUGAUGGCUUGCUAACAUUUAUCCUUUUUUUACAUUACAUGUAUCUAUUAAACCAAUACGAAAAGUAA